CGCCGUCAGUCGAUGUUUGCUCGUCUGUUGGUAAAGGUGCAGCUGCGAGAUUCCGUCUACUUGAAAACAACUUCGUUUCAACCGGGCUAUACGUAUAGAAAAGUUCGUGCACUCGGCUAAUCCACGAUUAGAUCAGUACUACGUUCGCUUCGGGACCUAACGGUCGUCAACGCAAGCUCCUCUCCGUGGAAUCCGUGAAAUACUUAGAACGAAACGGAUACGAAGAUUGCCUUUGAAUAAAUUAACCGUUGAACUAAUGGUGAAUUAGACAAGAUUGUGAUCAACGAAUUUUAUCGAACAAACGGAUACUGGUAACGAACUUUGACCUAGAACGAACUAUCGAAGAAGAUUGAUUUUCCGCGUUUUCGUAGUGCCGUGUGAGACUGUCGAAGGUUCUCAAGAACAAUUCAAUUAAAUAGCUGCACAUCUUAGAAGAGGCAAUCCGAUUGUCAUAGUCACCCUUGAAAACAGACGGUUCGCUGAAAAAUAAAUCAGAGACGCACGCAGUCUUAUUUGUCAAACUAUCAUAACCGAAUCAGUGCUAUAGCUAAUAGAUGACGGAUUAACAGAAGAAUCACCUGAAAUCGUGUAAAAGGCUGUCAUCAAUCUCUUAAAUUGUGGGAAGCUUUUUAAGAGAAUUCUCGCCACCGGAAGCUAUCUGACUGUAUCUACGGACGAUUGAACGCCGUGGGACCGCCCUCGCAUACGAUCACUUUCGGCCGUCGAAUGGGAACAAGCCGGCAAAAUGAUUACCGUGCCGAUGUCCGCUUCCAGGCCUUACACGAAGGUUGUGUCCUACAGCGAUGCAAGCGCUAUUGGCAAAAAGCCUGCAAUUCAGCAAUACCUGAGAGACAUGAAAGAACACUCGGCACCGUCCCGAUUUGAAGGCAGGGAUGUGCCUCAGAAAUCGCAGAGCAGUGCGGCCAGCUUGAUGUCUCUCGGUGCUGACAUAUCUCCAAGCUCUUCCCAUUUCUUUGAAGUGCUUUACGUGGGAAAAAUCACAGUAACGCAUCCGAGAGUUUCGGAGUCGUUCAUCGACGAUGCGCUAUUAAGGUUUCGCGUACGUAAUCUUGAAAAGUCGUCGAAAUCGUCGACGAGUAAUCUUCUCGCUGAGUAUCAGCGUCAGUCGCUAGCGUCUUCCAAUAACAGGAGAAAUAGCACGGAAUCAAGUACCAGCGAGACCGGGAGUAUCGAAAAUGUCUCUGGCAACGCAAUUAUAUCGCCGGUUAACCCGCUGGACGUGCCGUCGACGCUCACCGGAUCCGUGGAAACGUUUCCAAAGCCGCAAAACGCUAGUCUUACGGAGAAGGACGGGGAGAAUCGUGAUGCCGCGAAUAAUAAUAAUAACUACGCCAUGCAAGUGCCGGAAGUUAUGCGAAAUCGGGCUUCCUCCACGGGCAGCGUGCUCAACGCUAGGAGAGAUUCCAUAGCGAGGGGUAGCGGCGAUGAACAUAAUCGCACGAUGCUCUUCCAGGUAGGCCGACAUGAUCUGAGAUUGAUCAGCCCGGACAGGAAGCAGGUGCUGCUUCAUAAGCAGCUUAAGGAUGUUGCGAGUUGCAUCCAGGGUAUCCAACAUCCGGAACAUUUUGGUUUUAUUUGCAAAGAGAAUUAUGUGGGCUUUACCGGAUAUGUGUUCAAGUGCCAAUCGGAAUCGGUUGCGGACGAUCUCGUCGCUGCGAUUUCACAAGCAUUCGUUGGAACGUGCGAUGUUCCAAGGAAGGAACAGUAUUCCGUGUUUUCAUGCGAACACUGCCCCAUGUAUUGGUACAACAAGUUGUGCCAUGAAAUCGAAGGACAAAAUGACAGAAAGACUCAAAAUAUAAUUUUCGCGCGGAUGGAAAUGCUGCCAGAGGAAGAACAGGAGAUGGUCGUUAAUAAGUACAAAUGCGCGGAGGCCGCCGGAGCUACGGGGACAACUCUACGCGAGCAAAAUCAAUUUUUGAUAAGGCUGUUGCGCGCUCACUGCGAAGCAAAACAGGCUAGACACGUCCACGACACGGCUGAGAAUAGGAGCGAAUUUCUUAAUCAGUACUUAAGCGUGGGCGUCGGAAGCGCGAUAUUCAUGAAAGCGAAGCGAUCGCUUACUAAUAGCUUCGAUAAUCUCAUGAAGAGAAAGGGGUCGCGGGACGACCUCGGGCUUGCUCACCUCAAGGAUGCGAACCACCUCAACGCUGUGAUACAAAAAAGCGGUAGCCAAAGCCCUGAAAAUUCGCGACAAUCGUCCAUAGUGGAUAUUUCGCCGGACGCGAGCAGACCCAGGUCUCUGAGAGUCUCGCCUGAACAGCAAUUGACUGUGAGCACUGGACCAAAGAGUUCUAUGAUGGACAUAUUUCUGAAAGUAGGAAAUUCUCCGAAAAUGUCGCCGACCGAGGCGGACGGGAAUAGUCCUGUACAGAAUAACGGUUCGUGGAGACAGGCGAUAUUAAACCGUGUUGUAACACCUAAUAAGGAUCAUGACAAAGAAAAUAAAAACGAAGAAAUUGGAAUUAAAACGCCUGAGGCAAUUCCGAAACGCAGGACAAAACAAGAAUUAAGAGAUCUUUGGAAGAAAGCAAUUAAUCAGCAGGUAAUCCUCAUAAGAAUGGAGAAAGAAAAUGCAAGGCUUAGAGUACGUCAGGAAGAAGCGACCGUGAAGAGAAUAAAAUUAGAAUACGACGAACUCAGCAGUUGUGCGCGCGAAUUAGUGGAAGUGUGGGAUCUUCUUGUGAGCAAGGAAUCAAGAGUAUCCACGAAAUGUGAUAAUCAAAUGCUUUUACACGCUAUAAAACAAGGUGUACCGAAAGGGAAAAGGGGAGAAGUGUGGCAAUUUUUGGCUGAACAAUUUUGCUUGAAACAACCACCCAUAGACACACACGACUUCCCUAAUUACAAUACACCGUAUGAAUUACUUUUGAAACAACUCACGUCCCAGCAACAUGCGAUUUUAAUAGACCUGGGACGAACUUUUCCGAAUCAUCCGUACUUCAGCUCACCUCUAGGACCAGGACAGUUAGCAUUGUUCAAUUUGCUGAAAGCGUACUCGCUUUUGGAUCACGAAGUCGGAUAUUGCCAGGGUCUUAGUUUCGUUGCUGGUGUUCUGCUUCUUCACAUGUCCGAGGAUCAGGCGUUUUUCCUCCUACGGCACUUGAUGUUUCGAAGAGGCCUAAGGAAAUUGUAUCUUCCCGAUAUGGCGGCUUUACAAUUGUACCUGUAUCAAUUAUCCAGGCUGUUGCACGACAGGCUACCUUCGAUGUAUAAUCAUUUUGACAAACAUGAAGUUUCGCCUACGUUGUACGCCGCUCCGUGGCUCUUGACCUUGUUCGCCAGUCAAUUUCCGCUCGGUUUCGUAACCAGAGUUUUUGAUCUACUUUUCCUGGAAAGUACAGAGGUACUUUUCCGAGUAUCGAUGGCGCUAUUGGAGGAGCAUCAGGAUCAGUUAUUAAUGUGCGACAGUUUCGAAGAGAUUAUGGAGUAUUUAAAAACUCGAGUGCCGGCUGUGGAUAAAGAGAUUCUGGAUCGAGUAAUGAAACGCGUAUUUUAUCCGGAUCAAGAGAUUACGAAACAAUUGAACGAGUACAGAGUAGAGUACCAAGUAUUACAAGAGGAAAUGAUAUCGGUGAAACCACAAAUCGAAUCAUUGGAGAAGUACAAAAUGCACAACAAGCAGUUGACACAAGAAAGAGAGCAACUUAACGAACAACUUGAAAUUGCUAUGAGCAACUUGCACCGAUUGGAGACAGCAAGAUCCGUGCAACAAUCGACUCUGAUGAAACUCGAGUCACAAAAUCGUAGCCUAGAGGUGACUGUCGCUACGUUGGGUACAUUCAUUCAACAGCUAUCCGAAACGCGUCCGGACAUCGAGUUCCCCGGCGAGAUCCGUCGGAUCAUCGCCCAGCUGAGUCUAGCCGAGAAACGAAGGAGCACGAGCAUCAAAUCUUAUCCCCUGAAAGUGAUCGAAGACAACAAUAAGAUGGGAAUGAUCAAAAGUAAUUCCACGGGCAGGGAAUCUCACACUAUGUUAAAGAACAAUAACGUUGCGGAUGCUCCAUAUCCUCUCAAAUCCACUCUCAGCCAACCGAACUUGGCCACAAAACUAGAAAGGGUCUCGUCGUUCUUCUCUAACUCGCACAAUCAUAUACAAAAACAACGGGCGCAAUUGGCCGCGCUCAGAAACGAGUACGCGAACGAACAAAUACCUGCCAGAAAUGAUGAGAACGAUCCGAAGACGGUCAAUAUAGACAUACAGAUUACCGGAGAUCCGGUGACUCCGACGAACGAGCAAAUAACGCAGAACGAUAACCAUCUUAAGAUACAAUCGCCGAACAUAGAAAAGUCGGUCUCGUUACCAUUGAACAUGAAGAUGAAGCUGAAGUCGUCCAAAUCGGCGUACGAGUUAGGAUCUGUAAAGAAAGUGCCGACUACUAAGCUGGAGGUCACGAACGAUGAUAACGUGACGAAUCUGACGGGAACGGUACAUCCGUUGGACACUUGCAGCGACGUAAACUUCAGAUACGGUGGGACGACGAAAUUAAAGUCGAUAAAACCAGGCAGGCUUCCGAGCCCGAGCGGACAAGAGGACAACUCCGUUAGCAAGAAUCCUCAAAGCCAGAAUAUGGAGACGUUGAACAGAUAACAAUUGCUGAUGAUGUUGCGCUCAAGAAAGAUACCUUGGAAAGUAUCUAACUUGAGAAAGGUCUACCCGAAAAGCUAACUAAAAGCAAGCGGGGACUUGGAACGUGAUUCUCGAUUUUACUUCUACGUUUCGUACACGCGCAUUGUUCUCUCUUAUACAAAUACUUUUUGAUACGGCCGUGAUCAUUUUUCAUAUUUUAAUGAGUCGUCUCGUUCGUAAGAAGCGUAUUGUCAAUAGGCAUCGAUUGAGAGAUCGUUUGCACUUCCUCUUUUACUUGUACCAAUGAUCUUAACAUUAUACGGACUACGCGAGAGAAUGAAAAAUAACAAAGUCAAUUUAUAAUAUAUAUACAUAUUACUACAUGUAUAAACUUGGCGGAUUAUUGGAUAUAUUAGUACGUGUAUGUAUAGACGCUAAAGAUGAGGGAUUAGAAAGAGACAGCAAGUUAGAGUACCUAUCAAAAGUAUUUAUCUAAUUCGUGUAGAGUAUAUUUGAAUGGUAGAAAAGAUUAUGGAGGAAAUCUUUCCUUGAAUACGGAAUACAAACUGCUGGUGAUAAGAAAUUUAUUCGCUGCAUCGGUAACACAAUAGGUAAUUAACUGUUGUAUUUUUGUUCGACGGUACUAUUGUAGAUAAUUAUUAUUAAAGUUUAAUUUAUUACAAAUUUAUUAUUCGAUGUGCAACGUAUUACUUAUGCGAGAUUAAAUUUCUUAGAAUCCAGCUGGUAGACGAGUCAUAUCUGUAAAUAUCAAGAUGUACAUUAUGUUACAAAAUUAAUAGGAAUUCUUUUCAGAAAUAAAUAAUGAAUGAAAGCAUGAGCGUUGUUCAUUCGAUUAAUAACGUGCUUAUUUUGUUAGCGAGUAGUUGCCUGAUACUUUUGGUCACCGACGGGAAACGUUUUUAACGGAAAGAGAAAUACUAUUUUCAGAAGGAUAGCUGAAUAAUACUAAAACGAUUGCAUCCUAUACAAAAAAUUCCUAUUACUUUUGUGCAAACUGUCGAGAAAAGUGCCAAACUUUCCAAAAAAGAGAAAAUGAAAAAACAUUAAAGAUAGUGAGUAGGAUGGACGAGAUAUAAAGAGAUGUAAAUGUAUAUCGUCUAUAUGUUGGACAUAUAUUUACACGUAAUGUAAAUAAUUUAUAAGAUUAUCGUGCACCGUGUAAGAUUCGAGAAAUUAAGUAUUACUACUACUUUAAAAUAUUUUUGCACAAAGGAGGGCCUUGUGAUAUCAGGGAUAUAUGUAUAUUUAAUGCCAUUCAUUGUUCUCAUAAGAACGAGUCGUUUUUUCUGAUAUGAUAUUGCCGUAGUUUAUAAAAUAUACUCGAAAAUAAUAUCGGUAGUGAGUUGUACUACCAUCGUACGUUUCAUUGUGAUCAUUUUCGUACGAGACGAAUAUUUUUAUCCGAACUGUAACACAUCGUAUCUAUCGAUUAAU